CCUCAUUGCUCCGUUGACACUCCAUUGCUCCGUUGACACUCCAUCCCCCUCACGCACUUCAACCCUUUUAACAACUUUUAUUUCUCAUAUCAACAAUGGCUGGCGGUAAAUGGAUGGGCUGGUGGGGACACUUGGGCGGCCUCAAGCAGCGCGGUAUCGUCACCUACAGUUUGUCGCCUUAUGAGCAGCGCGCCUUUUCUGGUGCGCUUCACCAGGCGGUCUUCAACACCUUCCGCCGCGUCUCCGCUCAGGUCUUCUAUAUCGGUACUCCCUUCGGUUUGGGCUAUGCUACCUACGUCUGGGCCAAGGCGAACCACGAGUUCCGCCUGAGCAAGGCGGGCCAUGCCUACUAUGGUCCUGGCGAGCAUUAAGACGUUCACGAAUUAUUGCAGUAAUACAUACACCCAUAUAGAGGAAAGGCCUAGAAGACCUAGAGGACCUAUAGAGGAUUUUUUUGUAUUGUCAUUAAACAAACCUAGCGGACAAGUUUUGCAGCAA